GUGGGGGGGUGGGGGAAGUGGUUGCUAAGCAACAUUGAGGAGCCAGGAUGCCCAUCCCCCUGUGCCUAAGGAGGCUUUGCAGGCAGGCAUCCCCUCAGACCGUGCUGCUCCUGCUGUUUGCCUUCUGCCUGCUCAGCGUUUUUGUCUCUGCCUAUUACCUGUAUGGCUGGAAGAGGAACCUGGAGCCCUCAGGUGCGGUCACUGGGCCUGACUGUAAUGAGGAGCCCCAGAUCACUCCAUCACGCCUACUCCCCCUCAAGACCCUUAAGGUUUCCUCAUCAUCACGAACUGAUCCCCUUGUGCUGGUGUUCGUGGAGAGCCUGUACUCCCAGCUGGGCCAGGAGAUCGUAGCCAUUCUUGAGUCUAGCCGAUUCAAGUACCGGACAGAGAUCGCCCCCGGGAAGGGGGACAUGCCCACUCUCACAGACAAAGAUCGGGGUCGAUUUGCGCUCAUUAUCUAUGAGAACAUCCUCAAGUAUGUCAACCUGGACGCCUGGAACCGGGAGCUGCUGGACAAAUACUGUGUGGAGUAUGGUGUUGGCAUCAUUGGCUUUUUCAAGGCCAAUGAGAAUAGCCUGUUGAGUGCUCAGCUCAAGGGCUUCCCUCUCUUCCUCCAUUCGAACCUGGGCCUGAAGGACUGCAGCAUCAACCCCAAGUCCCCACUGUUGUAUGUGACCCGGCCCAGCGAGGUAGAGAAGGGCCUCCUGCCUGGGGACGACUGGACCGUCUUCCAGUCCAACCACUCCACCUACGAGCCGGUGCUGCUGGCCAAGACCAAGUCGGCCGAGUCCAUCCCCCACCUCAGCGUCGGUGCGGCUUUGCACACCACGGUGGUGCAGGACCUGGGGCUGCACGAUGGCAUCCAGCGAGUGCUCUUCGGCAACAACCUCAACUUCUGGCUGCAUAAGCUGGUCUUUGUGGAUGCUGUCGCUUUCCUCACUGGCAAGCGCCUUUCAUUGCCCCUGGACCGCUAUAUCCUGGUGGACAUCGAUGACAUUUUUGUGGGCAAGGAGGGCACCCGGAUGAAGGUGGAGGACGUGAAGGCCCUUUUUGACACCCAGAAUGAACUGCGCACACACAUCCCAAACUUCACCUUCAACCUGGGGUACUCAGGGAAAUUCUUCCACACAGGUACAGACGCCGAGGAUGACGGUGACGACCUGCUCUUGUCCUACGUGAAGGAGUUCUGGUGGUUCCCACACAUGUGGAGUCACAUGCAGCCCCACCUUUUCCAUAAUCAGUCUGUCCUGGCUGAGCAGAUGGCCCUCAACAAGAAGUUCGCUGUCGAGCAUGGGAUCCCCACCGACAUGGGCUAUGCUGUGGCCCCCCACCACUCCGGUGUGUACCCUGUGCACAUGCAGCUUUAUGAGGCCUGGAAGCAGGUGUGGGACAUCCGGGUGACCAGCACAGAGGAGUAUCCCCACCUGAAGCCUGCUCGUUACCGCCGUGGCUUCAUCCACAACGGGAUCAUGGUCCUUCCCCGACAGACCUGUGGCCUCUUUACCCACACCAUAUUCUACAAUGAGUACCCCGGAGGCUCCAGCGAACUGGACAAAAUCAUCAAUGGGGGAGAGCUCUUCCUCACUGUGCUGCUCAAUCCCAUCAGCAUUUUCAUGACCCACCUGUCCAACUAUGGGAAUGAUCGUCUGGGAUUGUAUACCUUCAAACACUUGGUGCGCUUCCUUCACUCUUGGACCAACCUGAAGCUCCAGACGCUGCCCCCAGUCCAGCUGGCUCAACGAUACUUUCAGAUCUUUUCUGAGGAGAAAGACCCCCUGUGGCAGGAUCCUUGUGAGGACAAGCGGCACAAAGACAUCUGGUCAAAGGAAAAGACAUGUGACCGGUUCCCAAAACUCUUAAUCAUUGGACCCCAAAAAACAGGCACCACGGCCCUUUAUCUGUUCCUGGGAAUGCACCCCGACCUGAGCAGUAACUACCCAAGCCCAGAGACCUUUGAGGAGAUCCAGUUUUUCAAUGGCCAAAACUACCACAAAGGCAUAGACUGGUACAUGGAGUUCUUCCCUAUCCCCUCCAACACCACCUCUGACUUCUACUUUGAGAAAAGCGCCAACUACUUUGAUUCUGAGGUGGCCCCACAGCGGGCAGCUGCGUUGUUGCCCAAGGCCAAAAUCCUCACCAUCCUCAUAGACCCAGCUGACCGAGCCUAUUCUUGGUAUCAGCAUCAGAGAGCCCAUGAUGACCCAGUUGCCCUGAAAUACACCUUCCAUGAAGUGAUCACGGCAGGGCCUAAUGCCUCUCCAAAGCUACGGGCGCUUCAGAAUCGCUGCCUUGUUCCUGGCUGGUAUGCCACCCACAUCGAGCACUGGCUUAGCGCUUACCAUGCCAACCAGGGACUGGAUGCCUGGCCGAAAAAUGUUUCUUAUCCUGAACAAGCAAAGAUCCUGGUGUUGGAUGGCAAACUGCUCCGAACUGAACCCGCCAAAGUGAUGGAUACUGUGCAGAAGUUCCUCGGGGUGACCAACAUUAUUGAUUACCAUAGAACUCUGGUGUAUGAUGCAAAGAAAGGAUUCUGGUGCCAGCUGCUUGAAGGAGGGAAGACCAAGUGCUUGGGCAAAAGCAAAGGCAGGAAAUACCCAGAAAUGGAUUUGGAUUCACGAGCCUUCCUAAGAGACUAUUACCGGGACCAUAACAUCGAACUUUCUAAGCUGCUGUAUAAGAUGGGCCAGACGUUGCCCACCUGGCUGCGGGAGGACCUCCAGAAUACUAGGUAGCUGCUGCCGCCACCAUGACCAGAGUGAGCAUUCAUGAUGGCCAGGGAGCCCCCAGCCUCACACUGAGCCACCCCGGGGGUGUGGAACAUAGCCCAGAACUGCCAAGCAUUUCUGAGCAAUACCCCCCCAAAACCUGACCUGGGAACAGGAAGAAGAACCCAGAGCAGCCGAAGAGAGCUCCAGAGCCUCCUCAGCCAAGGCCUACAGCCAGGCACGUGGCCCCAAGCACUUCCUGAGACCUGCUCGAAGCUUCCCUGGGUAUUAAGGUUGCUUCCAGUUUGUGUGAUGCCACUGCCUUGUGAGAGGGAUUCUAUACUACUCCUCACUGUGCCCCUAGGCACCAUACCCUUCCCCCAGGCAGGGCACUCCCUCAGUAUUAAUCCCUGUGUUUCCCACCAGCCGGACAGUGAGGGGGUAGGGUGGGGUAGGAAGGACCUUUUGCUAGACAGGAUGGGGGACUGGGACACACCCCUGUCCAUUUUAAAAAAGGCCCUUCAGAGAGAUAGGUCUGGUACCCAGAGCUGGUUACCAGGCUGGACUUAAGUCUGAUGGCCUCCAGAGAAUUCUGGAGCCCAUCUGAUCAAUACCUUCCUCUCUCUGUCAUUAAAAUGUCUUCGGUACCUACAGUAUCUACUCAGUCCCCAAGGGAUCUUUCCAGGGGAUGUUUUUAACCCCUCCAUCCUAACAUUCUGACUCCUAGGACCAAGUCCUAGAGUUGUCCCAGAAUACUCACCCUAACCUCUCACCCCAUUUCCUUUCCAUAUCAUCAGAUAUGACUUACGUGGUGUUUUCUGUGGUAAAAGACUGAGGUGACCCCAGGGUCCAGCUACCAGAACCCAUUCCAGUGUACAUAAAAUGUUCCCUCCAGCCCCGAGCAAAGGCUAUGGGCAGUGAAGACGGUGCCUACAGCCAGGUACCUCUGCCUCUAUUCCUGCUUUGAGCAGGCUGAGGCUUCCCGGAGAACCUUCUAAAACCUCUCAAAUACUAAAAGCUGAAGUAUUUUAAUAUUUUGGUUUUUGUUUCUUGGUGCCAGAGUUUGUACCCUGAUUACUGGGGCUACACUGUGUUAUUUUAUAUAAACUCUCUCUGUCUGUAUCUGUCUCUCAUCCUCCUUCCCCCAUUUGUCUCUUGUUUCCUUCCCUCCCUCUUUUUCUCUCUUUCUCUUCCCCCUUUCUUUUGUUGGGUUUGUUUUAAUCCAGCCUGCUACCACAAUCGGGGUGACAGGGCAUCUAAUCGGUGGGGUCCGAAAGGCAGCAUUUGCUACCAGUAGUUCUAAAGGAGGGUGACCGUUAUCUCUGUCUCACCCUGAGGCUGCCUGAUUCUUAUCUCCUGCAGGCAGCAGAUAAAAUCAGGGAGGAACAGACGCUCUAGGCUGGUGUUUAUCACACUGGCUAUUAUCCUGCAGUUGCACAGCUACAUAUAUAUAUAUAUAUAUAUAUAUGAAAGAAAAAGAGGAAGAAGCAGGCCAGACAUCUACACCAGGGCUAUGUGUUUUCAGGGAUCUGGUUUUCCUGAUUUGUAUGUCUUUGUUACCCCAGGUUUCCUUUUGCACUUAGGGAGGUCUUGUGUGCUGGGUAAGUUGCCUGAGGUCUUGGCCACAGAGAGAAUAUAGAAGGGUUUUAGUAAGGAUGACUGUCACAAGGUCUGGAACCCCUGUGUUCUUGACAACCCCUUCAUUCUUCCCUAUUCUUUCGGGUACACCUGUGUUAGAGGUCAUGAGGCCCUGGCAGUAACACCAAUUUAUUGAUCAUCUAGAAAAUUGGAAGAGGAGACAUGAGUGGGACCAAUAUGAAUUGGGGGGUGGGGAAGGGGAAAGUGCCGCUGGAUAUACAAGAGAGCCCAAGCCCCUGUAACUGGGCAUCUGCUGGCAGAAACAGGAUUCUCAUCAUUGGUGAUACUAGAUUCAUCGUGGCUUGUUUCUAGUUCUGCAUCCCUAGUCAUCUGGCCCAGCUGUGGAGAAAUGGAGCCUGCAUAGAAACAGGGAGAGUGUUGUAAGCUUAAGCAGAUCAAGGCAAGCCAGACACCUUAGGUUCCCACUCUGGGCCUAGAGUUACUUCUAGGGCCCACCAGAGCCCACGGUUUUGGUGUGGGGGCCCUAGUCACUUGGCCUGUUGGCAUAGUUGGCACUAUCCCUGCCUCUGUGGGAGAUCAGGUCAAUGUCCCUCCCCUAGAUCGAACUCCUGGAUGAGACUGAGAGCCCUCCGUAGCAGCAGUAGGUCAAAUUCCUGAGUCACCGGGGAGGGAGGGCCUGCAAAUGGCAGUACGAAGCCUGAGAGUAGGAUAGAACUCAACAGCAGCGUCUGCUCUGAAAAAGGUAGCCUGAGAAGUCUUAGGUCUGGGGACAUGUGGUGGGAGAUGAAAGAAAACCAACGAAUAGUAACUUAAAUCCAGGCCUCUAUCCUGGACAAAGAGAAGCCAGGAAGCAAAAGACAAUGCAAGUACACUUCCUCUGGGAGAACUUUGAGCAUACACAGUGGGCAGAGGGAAUGAUUAGAGUGGUCCUUAGUACUGUCUGGUUCUUCAGAAGGCCAGGAACAAAGAGGAGUUGAAGGAAAAGGAAACUUAAAAACAUGAACUACUUGGGGCAAAAUUCUUUUUAUCAAAACUGCUGGGAAAGCUGGAAAAGUUUGGCAAAAAUAGAGACUGGUGACCAACACCAUAUUCCACAAUAAGAUCUAAAUGGAUAAGUGACCAAAAAAAGAUAACAUCACAAAAGGAAAAAUGGCAGAGUACUAGAUCAAGCGCACUGUAAAGGAGGCAUUUACGUAUGCAGUGUCAGAAGGCCAAGGUAAGGCAGGAUUAGUGUGAGUGGUCAAUGUGCUGUUUAGUUCUGUGUUCUAGGCAGAGGGCAUGUUGCCUUCUGCCCAAAGGAGAAGUAGGGCCAUGAUGGAGUGGGAGUGAUAGGACUGGGCAAAGGAGGGGCAGAAUUGCCUCAGCCAGGUAUCUUGUCCAGUUAAGCUGUAAAGACUGGAAGACCACACUUGCUGUCUAAUGAGGUCAUUAUGCUCUCAUUUUGAACCUGCCCAUAUACAGUUCCUAUAAGUAAGGAGAGUCAGACCUGGUGUGUAUUAUAAUCUGGCUCUGUGCUGACUGGGAAGGAAUGGGAGAGAUGAGACCAGAUGAGAAUUCUUCAUCAAAAAGCAAUGCAGCUUCUGGGGAGCCAGGUGUUUACUUAGUGGUUUUCCCUAGUGGCCCCGUGUGUGGUGUUGGGAGCCAUGUAAGACCCUUUCUGUGGGUGUGACAAGGCAGCUGCAGCUGUGACAGACCCUCAGACCCUGACACAGAAUAGCUUUUAGGCCUGGAUCCAAAUCUUUCUGAUGAAUGGAGGAGACUUGAUGGAGUAGGGGGAAUAUAUUGAAUGUUUGGGGAAACACUAACAAAGGGCUCCUGGUGAGCCCUCCCCUUCUCCUCAAGGUACAAUGUCAGGUGCCAGGAAACAGAAGCCCCCAAGUCAGUCUGGAGGAAGGGGAGGGUGGCCAAAGAUGGUGGAUCAUCUGCAGAGUGAAGUUUCUCCUCCCUGGAAACCUGACCAUGGGACAGGUCCGUGCAGCUCAAAUGCUGGCCAAAGAAAAGGGGACAUGGUGAUAUGGGUAAGAUGGAAUAGGGUUGCAAAGACUGAUCCUGGCUUAGAGAUCUAUGGAGCCAGAGCUGAACCAGCCCCAUUGGAAAGCCCAAGAUAGAACGGGAUUCUCACCCAUAACAAACUGUUUGGAUGAUUACAGCUUUGUAGCGUAGUUGAAGAUCUGCUAUUACUAGGCCCCCUUCUUUCCCAGUUUGGGGGAUAUUUUGAUAUUUUUUUGAUUGAUUCCCUUGAUAUUCUUGACCUUUUUUAUGAUGGGAUCCUCUAAAAAAAGCCCUAUUCACCCCAUCUCUUCCUUAACUUGGUGCUAGAGUGGGAUUUACCUAAGAUCCACAAUUGCUGUCUUAAUGGGCAGAGAUGCUUGUUAUUGCCUGUCUUGCCAACAACAGGCAUAUUGGUAUCUUUUCCAGCUGGCAGACUUGCCUGGGGCAGUAGGCCAAAGGAAGGGAACUGACUGCCUUCCUCUGGUCUGGUUGCCCUGAGUUUCAGGGGUGAGUUUAUGGGCACAGCUGAUUGGCCCAUCCAGAUGCUCUAUGUUGCUCUGAGUCAGGAAGCAAGCCCAUGUGGUGGUUUCUUAGCAGCAUCUCUAAGCUAUUUACUGAUACAGGAGUCAGGUAUCUCCCUACCAAUUCUAACCCACUUGUAAAACUUUGAAGUGACUCAAAUUUAGUGUUCUCGUUACCCCCACCUAACAUCCACCACUGCUAGGUUCAUUCCUUCACGAAAGUCCCAGGGAGACCAUUCUGGCAUUCUGUCUGGGUCGUCUUGCAUCAUCACCUGGACCCUGCUGUUACUUUUCAGGUUCCCCCACUCCCUACUUCUUAUUUACAAAGCCAGAUGGAGAGAAGUCACUCCUUCCAGGCCAGGAUUUCUAUAUAUCAGCUUUUGCUACCCCAGACUUUGGCUUUUGUCUUGGACCUCUGUCCUCUGAAGGGCUUCCCAGCCUCAGGUUUCUGUGCCUCCUGCCACAGUUCUAGUAUAUUCUUGUAUUGUUAAAGUCCUAGUGAUGUUGUAAUGGAGAUGAGGCAGAGAGAGUACAGUUAGGCCUGGCUAUCCAGGAAGAUAUUCUUUAAUUGUAGAGAGCUACCUGAAGGAGGGAAAGCACAAGUGCUUGGGCAAAAGCAGAGGCAGAAAGUACCCAGAAAUCGAUCUGGAUGUGAAUAGUUGGAGCUGCUAGUGUAGAACUAUAACUAAUAUGUAACCCCAGCUGCUUGGGAGUUGAAGUGGCAGCAGGGUCCCCACAGUUUUAAUUUCCAUUUGAGUCUAAAUGCAGUAGUCAGUGUAGACCUGGGAGGGGAGGAGAAUUUAUUGUAGUGGCUGAUGUAGCUCUUGAAUUUGAAGGCAGUCCCAGCACAUUGGGGUGGGAAGCUAAAUGAUAGAGGGCCUGUUGGCUGUGGCUUUGCUGGGACAUACUGGAGACAGAGGAGCAGGGCCAUCAAAGCGAAGAAUGAAAAUUUGAGAUAUGAGCCGGGUCAAACUGUGCUGCAGACUAAGAUCUGUGAUGGGAUAGGGAGACAUGAGCUUAAAAAAUGUGGGCUGUCCUAAGGAAGACAAGUUGAUAAGGAUCCUGUCUGCUGCUGCUGCCUUUUGAUAGAGCUGGAGGCUUCCACCCUGUAGGGGCUUCCCUGUUAGGCCUAGAAGCCUGAACCUGAUCAAGUGAUGUCAUUGCGAUUAGAUCCGUUACAGUUACUCUGCUGGUGGAGGAAGGCUGGAGGGAUAAAGCAGCAUGCGCACUGAAAUCCUUGAGCAUGAGAUGUCCUUCUGCCUUCCCGUUAAGCUUAGGCCCCUCUCGUUUUGGCUGGAAACUUGGAGGUCAGGGCAGUAGGUGCAAUUCAUAUUGCCUUUGACAUAAAUGGCCUCCUUAAAUUCUGUUCUUCCAAAUCUCCUUACUGUAAGCACCUCUCCCCCAAAUAAGGAGCAGGGUUGGAGGAGCCAAGGAUAGAGACUCAGGAAGUUACGGCUUAGUUGGGUGGCUAUCGUCGGCACCAUUCAGAUUUUGCGCGAUUUGCAUUUCCAGUGACCCCUUCAUAGGUUUCCCGAUACUUUUUCCCUUCCCCAAAGCCCUCCCCCAAAUAAGGCAUCCCUAAGAAAGGACUCAACCUGACAAAGAGAUAUCAAAUUUUAGUGACUGGUACCAUCAACUGGACUUGAGAAGAGUAUGACUCUGUGGUAGCCAAUGAUCAAAGCUUCCCUGACCAUGAUUGAGAUCCUGUUCAUCGCAGAAGACCAACAAAGCCACAUGGAAAAGAGUGAUCCAAAGAGAUCUCAAUAGGCUAGAGCAAUGAGGAAUUAUAUUAGAAUUUAAUGUAAAGCCUCGAUCAAAAAAGUCAACUUCACAGUUAGAGGAUUGGAGUGGGGGGCGGGCAGAAAGAUAUAUUGAUUGAUGUGGGGAAAAUAGUGAUGCAGAGGUGAGGCCCAUCCCCACCAUGAAAUCAUCAUGAAGAGGCCUCAGACCACAUCAGAGGGAGCGCAGCUCCUAUCUGUCAUGCUUCUCUUUGCCUCCCUCUGCCUUUGUGCAGGUGGAAGCUGGUGUCUUGGAAGGAGGCACUGUCUAUCAGUAGGCCGCCUUCCUGCAUUAGAAGUUAGGUUGGCAGAAUCAAGAGGUGAUGUUAUCAGCUCUUUUCCCAACUCCUACUAGAAAUCUGAACUUCAAGCUCUGGCUGCUUCUAAGACUGAGGGUCUUGUUGCUACCACAUGGGUUAACCAAUAUUAUCUAUCUGGGCCACUGCUGGUACUAGUCCUUUUAAGUAAGCAUUUAUGAAGCACCUACUCUUGGUGCAGCUUGGGAGAAAGGCAUAAAACCUCAUCCUGCCCAUGACAGUCAUAGUUUAAUAGAGGAAAUACAUUUAAGAAACCAAAACAACCACUUACAAAAUGACAGUAUCUGCUUAAAGUGUCAUAUGAAUGAUCCACAUAGUAAAAUCUAAACGGAGGAGGGGGGAGUGAUCCAGGGCAGAGGCAGUUUAGAAAGACUCCACAGAGGUGGAAUUUGAGCUCUUCACAAUGGAAGUUCAGGUGGAGAUGAAAGGGAAGGCAUAGAGAUGGGACAGUGUAAAUGUGCUUAGGAAAGAGAGGGGAAAGAAAAUCAAUCCUCACUGCAUCUUUCUGCCUUUGGUCCAGAGAACUAGCCAGAGUUUUCAGAAGAGGGGAUUUCCUACUGAGCUUGAAUUCUACCCACUUGUGUUGUUUGAACUCAGGGAGAGCCUGGGAAACAUUUGCUUUGUCCUUUCACCUUUGGGUUCAUACUGGCUGGAACAAGGCCUGGUCUGCUCACAUGCGUGAGAAAUGAGGAGUCUGGUCCAUGAUUUCUAUCUUGCUCCUCUGGGCCUUGGGCAGGAAAAAUAGAGUGGGAACACAGGCAAUUGACUCUUAAUAGCCUGGGUGAAAUGAGCUGCAUUUUCGCACUAGAAAGCUUCCCGUACCCUACCUCUCCUCUUUCUCUGGCUCUGGUUCAAUGACCCCUACAUAUAUCCAAGAAGAAUCUGGGGCAGGGCGGUUGCGGGGGGGGGGACACAAAAAAGAUUAUACGGAAAGUGCAAAAAAGACAAAGGUUUUUACAACUCUUUGUUUUUGUUACCUCUCCCUUCUCCCCUUUUGCCAAUUUUUGAAUAGAAUCCAUGUCUCUUCCUAGGGAGAGGAAGCCCAUAGUUGGGAUGUGGGGGGGGAGGGAGGAGCAGUGUUAAGGGAAAGAGAGGGAAGGAUCUCUUCCCGUGUUGGGAGGGGUGGGGGGUGGGGGGUGAGAUAAAGCUCAACCCAUCCCUCCUGUUUCCUAGUGCUCUUAUACCAGCCUUUUGGUUUCAUUGGAAAAGAGAACCUUCAUCACUAAUGUACAAUCUUGAACUAACUGCUAAUAAAACGGGAUUGUUUGUAUUCA